AUGAGUUCAAGAAGUGAUAUGUGGAUAGUGCUCUUAUGUUUAUUUUCAAUCAUUGUCGCACAUCCUCACUUAGAUCAAGACCUUAGGAAACAUUUUUACGGUGCUACCAGUGAUGAGAAAGUGAUACAAAACGAAGAAGAUUUCGAUACGCGACAUAAGCGUCUGGUGGAAGAUGUCUUCACGGUUAAUGGUUUAAAUCCGGACUUGGCAAAGCGUUUCUAUGUGGAUGAGAAGGCGUGUCAAUGUGAAGACGUGACAACGGAAGUGGUGGCGACGACACAGAAACCUAAAAAGAAGAAACCCAUACCAACAUGCUGUUCAACAACAGCAGAAGAACUAACUACAAGUUUUGCAGCAACGAUUAUCAGUACUUCAACUGUGGGUAGUACUUCUAUGCUACCUACGACAUUUACAUCUACCAAAGCUCCUAUAACCACAACAGCUUUAGUGAAUAGUUCUAUAAGUGAAACUGAAUCGCAUCCAUUGACGCCGACAACAAUCUCCACUUCAAGUUCUUCUUUGGUCAUCGCAGCUAACACAACUAGUUCUUACACCGCCACGGAUGAGCCUUUAACAUUUCACUUUGAAAAAUCCCGUCCAGCCCUGUUACCGGGACGUCCGUUGGUCCAGUUUCUCUCGGCGUUUCCAAUCGUCCACAACAUAACCUCUGCUUCUCUGGACAGCUCCGGAAACAGCUCAGCGGCUUCUGGGCGAUAUCUCCGACCGUCUAGUAACCUCCGCCCCGAUUGCACCGACGUGGAAAGCUGUGCUCAGCAUCACGAGGCUCUCAAACGAAUCCUCCGCAAGCUGAACCGACUGGUAAUGAGAACUGAACGAAGAUUGAAGAUAUCCACGUUGACCGAUGAUGAGGACAUCUCCGACCAAUCACAGGAUGGUGUGUCACGUCAGCGACCAGUGGCUCCGGCAGCGACGAGUUGUGAUCGGCCAAGGAAUGUCAGGGAGGAUUCGAGUCCCCGGAAAUGUCGAAGUCCCGAAAAAGACCGGAGGUGUGUGCGAUUCAUGCGGAGUUUAGUAUGGGAAGUGAAACGAAGUUUACGAAUCCGAAGGCGAGAGCUUCCACUGUGUGAGGAAGAGGACUCAGAUGAAGAUUGAAAACAUUGUUGAUAUGUGUGAAUAGGGGCCGAAUGGAAUGUUAUGUUUUUAUCAAGUUAUCUCGUAUUGGAAGUGGAUGAGUGGAAUUGAAUGAACUGGAGCAUCUUCACUGUUGUACGUAACCUACUAAAUAG